AAAUUGGACACUAGACACUGUAUCCGAGACCUCUCUCUCUCUCGCUGGUGCUGGUCUCCUCCCUUCACCGAGGUUUUAGCGGUCGGAGAGACCUGAGUUGAGAGUGUUAACUGUCGACCGUUAAAUCUUCAAAUGGCAGCAGCUGCUGCUUUGUCCAGUCAUUCUCUCUCCUCCGUCCCUCGCUUGUAUGCGUCUAGAAAGCCCUCUAAAACCCUAGAAUUCAAAGCCCUUACCCUUCAAAGCAUCAUUCAACACCCUCGCCAAUCUCGUCUCUGCAGCAUAACCAAUGUAGGGUUUCAAAUGUCUAAACCUCUUCUUGUUCCCAGGCGUUCCGUAAAAUCAUUUCUCUGUACCGAAGAAUCCGAGCCCGGGACAAUUGAUGGAGAAGAGGAGGAUGACCAGAACAAUCAGGUAAAACCUGAACUGAAGACCCUCAUUAAAGUCUAUAAGGAAGCUGUUUUAGAUGGGGAUGAAAAGACUGUUUCUGAAAUAGAGGCAAUGAUAUGCAUCAUAGAGAAUGAGAAGAAUGAAUUGGUAGAGAAAGUAGCAGCACUGUCUGCAGAUACAAUUUCUGGGAAGGAUAAAUACCUUAGGCUAAAAGCAGAUUUCGAAAAUUUUAGAAAGCGAUCAGAUAAGGAAAAGCUUACAAUAAUAGCUGAUGCCCAGGGAGAAGUUAUUGAGAGUCUUUUGCCUAUGAUAGACAAUUUUGAGAGAGCCAAGCAACAGAUCAAAACAGAGACAGAAAAGGAGAAAAGCAUUGACACAAGCUAUCAGGGUAUAUAUAAGCAAUUCGUGGAAAUCAUGAAAAGCAUGAAUGUGGCUGUUGUACCAACAGUAGGAAAGCCAUUUGAUCCAUCGCUUCACGAGGCCAUUGCACGUGAAGAGUCUACAGAGUUCAAGGAAGGGAUUAUUGUUCAAGAAUUUCGUCGAGGAUUUUUUCUUGGAGAUCGACUUCUGAGACCAGCCAUGGUUAAGGUCUCUGCAGGUCCAGGGGAUAAGAAAGCCCCUGUUUCCAGCAACAGCGAGAGAUCCAGUGAACAGCCCACAGCAACAACUGGAUUGGAUGAUGAUGAUUCAGUGUCAAGCCAGUAACAACCUUCUUUUUUUAGAUUUUUUGAAUUCUUGUUUUUAGAUAGGAAUGAGCAAUCAAGUCAGCCCCUACUUUUAGAUGUUUUGGACAUUUUAAAUACCUACUUUAUUGGUCUCUUUCUGUCCAAACAACUGAGACCACCGGGCUCUUCAUUCCUGUGCCAAAUAAUUGCUGUUGAAAUCUUUGCAAGGCCAAAGCCAACACCAUUGCAAGUUCUGGUUCUGUUUUCUACUAUUGACCAAAGUAACCAAAGUUCUGUAUUUCUUGUAGUGUCCAUCAUGUAUACUCUAAAAAUCAAAGGAAAACCCUUCCAUA